CCAGGGGAAGUCUCGCUGCUGGGGUUUCAUUAAAGGCUGUCUCCUUCAACUACCCCCUCCUUCCUUACGUCGGUCACGCUGACACUAGUCGCCGGCUCCCGAGCCCUGACCGAAAAGCCUAAUAAAAUGAAAAUCUGGGCGUCAGAGCACAUUUUCAACCAUCCAUGGGAGACGGUGACCAAGGCAGCGAUGCAGAAGUACCCCAACCCAAUGAACCCCAGUGUGUUUGGUGUGGAUGUACUGGACAGAAGCGUGGACACACAGGGACGGUUACACAGCACCAGGCUACUCAGCACAGAGUGGGGGCUCCCCGCCAUGGCAAAGUCUAUCAUUGGGGUAACAAGAACAUGCACUUAUGUUCAGGAACAUUCAGUAGUGGACCCUAAAGAGAAGACCUUUGAAUUGAAAUCUACAAAUAUCUCCUUCACUAACCUGGUAUCUGUGGACGAGAAGUUGACAUACAAGCCACAUCCGCAGGAUCCUGAAAAGACGGUGCUCACACAGGAGGCUCUGAUCAGUGUGAAAGGUGUCAGUCUGAGCAGCUACCUCGAGGGUCUCAUGGCAAAAACCAUCUCUGUCAAUGCCGGAAAGGGUCGGGAGGCAAUGGAGUGGGUCAUCAGACGAUUAAACACAGAAAUUGAGGAGUUGGCGGCGACUGCUCGCGGAACUAUACGUGUUCCCAUGGCAGCGGCUGUUGCAGACAAAUGAUCCUGGCCUUCUCCAGCUGCUUUCUCCACCAUCGUGAACCUCUCAGACAUUUCCUUUCACCUCACCUGCCACCACAGCCUAAUUAACCACAGCCCAUCUUUUUGGCCCUACUUAUUUUUGCGUACAAAUGUCACAAGCACUUGCUGUCUGUCCCUCCUUAGUAGUCCUCAUGGACGGGUUUGAUACCUGCCGCUGUGGGCAGUGACAGGGAGAGUUGAGCUGAUGACAGUUUAGAAACAAGCAGGGUUGAAUUUGACUGCACUUGAAGCUCAUGGGACUUAGUCUUGUGAUGUUAAAGCUCUUUUUUAAAAAUUCACACUGUGCCUCCACAUCAUCUCAUCACUUCCCUCUCUUCUGUUUUUUUCCCUUCUUCAUCUUAUAUCUUCAAUCUUGCACUUAUAUUCUCCUCUUGUUUGCAAAUUCUAGUCAACAGGUUCAGUACUUAAAAUGGCUGAGAUGAAGUCACUAACUUUUUCUGGAUUGGCUGACCUUGCUUUGUACAAUAGAACUGACCGAAACAUCUCAAAACCUAAAGUCCACCAAUGCGAAGAGGCUCUAACCGCUUGUAAAAGUAACCUGAAAUGUUGAACCUCCCAGCAUUUUUUCUCCACUGUCCUGUGAGAUCAGAUACUGAAAUUGUUGUACCAUCGGAUGGAAGUGAGCGAGUGUGUAUAAUCCUUAACAUUUAUAGAUCCAGGAUGAAGACCAGCUGCGGCUUGGUAUUUAUCGACAGUCUCAAUGCUUUUGCACAAAGUGGAACAGGGCACGGUGGGCUGGUUCUAUGGUCAUUCUGCUCUUGUUCUGGGUACAAAUGGGUUGACUUCUUCAAGUCUCUCUUGUCCUUGUUAGUAUUUUCCCUCAUGAUGAUGAUGUGUUGUAUAGUUAAGUGUUACAGUAUGAGACUGUGCAUUGAAUGUCUAACUUAUUUUCAACAUGUGUACUUAAAUACGCUUAUAGUGUCAAGAAGUCCUUAAAAGGUGUGGAGCUGCAAAAUGAGUGUAUGAGCACUGAGCAACAUGUUGGCACUUGUGUGUUGAAUGUGUUGUUAAAGUUCACCAGUGUUGCAGUAGCCGCUCUAAAGGGUUAAGUUCAGGAUUACAGCGUGUGCCAACAACCUCCUCUGUACUCCAUACUGACUAUAGAUGGUGUUAUUUGUGGUAUAUUUCUAUUAGUGAACAUUAACAAGACUGAUUGAUUGAUUUUAAAAGCUGUUGACUUGUGGUGUUUUUAUACUACAUUUCCCUUUUUUAUCCAGUAGCAGGCUGUCGGGGGCAGCACAGUUGACCUUUCUUCUUUCACAAAGGCCACGUUGAGAUGAAGGUGACACAGCAAGCGUGUAAUUCUUAUGUUUUCUUCCUUUCCUUUUCUCUCUCUAUAAAUUUUAAUAAGGACAAUUCUGCAAAUUGAUGUUUACAUUGGAGGGGUUUGUGACACAAUUAAGGCUAUUUUUUUGUUACAGUAGCAAUUAAUGGAGCUCACAUCACAAGUCUUCCAAGAUACUCCUCUGUUAGUUUAGUAAAGCUUGAUGUGUCUACAUCAUGUCAGUCUUUUUUCACACCUGCUUCCAGUUCAGCUACGAUUCUUCUUAAAAUCCUGGUCAUAGUUAAAUAACUCCAGCUCUUCAUGCACUGUCCAGCUCAGAAUCAUUCUGUUUGAAGUCCAGUCUGCCGCCUGAAUGACCGAUCAGCCAUUCAGUAUCCACACAGUGUCUCCUCAUGAAUAACGUCUUUUUUUUUUUUUUCUAUGGGGAACCUUUUGGGAACAGUGGCUGUAAAUAGGCUUGUAUUUAUAUUUUGGUGGUGUUACAUUCCAAGAAUGUGAACGUGUAACAGGAUCUAAAGAGUACACAUGAAAUGUUUCAAAAUAAAGAGAUGUCAUUGUUUCAUGAA